GCUGCCUACCCACCACGCUGGUGCACGGAGUAUUCCGGACAGCUUUCGGGCUGCUCCGAGUCGUCGAAGAGUCAAGACAGCAACACAGCGAUAUCGACAUCGGACGAGACUCCAUCGAAGUCCAGCCCUGCCAUUGCCGUUGCCGAUGCCCGAUGGCUGAGUUGCAUUUGCACCGCCGUCGCGAUAAAUGCAGCUCGCUUCCUCGGCGCUGCGGAUGACUUUGCUCGCCGAGUUUCAAGUUGUUCCGGCGAACCAUCACGGCAGCUCCCCGCUCCGGCCGGCCACUCCCCGUCUGCCGCGCGCCCACCUCCGCAGACCUGGCCCGUACCCGGCCCCGCCCCGUUAACCUCCGCACUGGCCCAGUGGUCGGACGGCGACGUUACCCCUCUGUGUGUGACAAGCAUGGCGUCCGAACCGUCCCCUCGCACCGUGCGCUUCUCGCAGCCUGACGACGACCACAAUGUCCGCUCCGACAUGCCCAAGAACGGGUCAUGCCCCGUGCCCGUGAUGUCCGACUCGGAAAACUCGACCUCCUCGGGAUCGGGGGAGCUGGAGCUGAGCCCCCGUGGGAUGAACCAGCAGGACGAUCUCGGGUCGCACGCCCGCUAUGUCGAUGUGCCGCAUCCCGCCGUCGUCCAGCCACACCCGUCCGGCUCCUUGGCGAACGGCGCGAGCAGCCGCCAGCGCACCGCGGCCGAGUCCGCUUCAUACUCCAACGGCGCUACCCAGCGCCCCCAGCGCCCCACGGGUCCCGCCCGGACACCCUCCAAUACCUAUCAGCCCUAUGCACAGCGACGGCCUAACCAGCCCGCGCCAUCCUCCUUCACCAGCAGCGGCGGACUCCAUGUCAAGGACGGGUCAAGGCCGCGGCCGAUUGGCACGUCGACCUUUCGGGCCCAGGAACGAGAAUAUGUGCGGAGGUUGCGCCAACAGGACCAUACCGAUGGCUACUUUGACGCCUUUGCGUCCGGGGAGCAGCAGUACGAGUCGGACUCGGAGGGCGAGACGCCGUCCUCCGAGGGCCCGUUUGACAGCUACGACGACGCCCACAUCAUGUUCGUCAACAACGAGGGAAGCCAGAUUACGGAGGAGGAUCUGAGGGAUCCCCACAGCCGCGAGAGAUUGGAGUGGCACGGCAUGCUCGAGGCCGUUCUCACCGGCGAUGUUGUGCGCCAGGAGAAGAAGCGCCUCAUCGGAUCGGCCGAUGAGGACUGGGCCAAGAGCGCCCACAAGGCCGAGCUGUGGCUGGGAAUCCGCGCCCGCUGCUGUGGACGACACCUCCCCGUCCAACGGCGCAUGAUCGAGGAGGCCCGAGCCACCCUCGACCGCGCUGUCAACGACGUCAUCAACUUCUCCAUUGCCGGCGAGAGCGAGGCCGGAAAACCCCCGAUUGAACAGGUCCGCGACGCCCUCGAAAAGAUCGACAGGAUCGAAGCCCUCUUCCCCUCCAGCGCGGCCCUCAUCGGAGCCCUCAAGCCCGCCACGUAUCAAGCAUACCAGGAGACCUGCGAGACCCUGAUUUCCUGGCACAAUGUCAACGAGAUGAUCAAUACGGAGCUGUCCAUCUUGAAGAAAUGGGUAGGAAACGACGACCUGGAUUUCCAGCGGUCCAAGGGCACUCCCGGCCGACUCAGUGAGGAGACGUCCUUCUUGGAUCGGCUUAUGAAAGAAGAGGGCCUGAAGUCGCUCCACGACGAUAACGGCCUGGACGGCAAGACGCUGAGAAAGAAGAGCAUGCUGGACGGCAUCUCCAGGGUCAUAACCAAGGCCAAGGACACGCUAAUCGUGAACGCCGAGGCGUUCCGGAAGCGCCACUUGCCGCCGUACAUCGAGGAGCUGCUCACGCUCAUCAGCUUCCCCUCCCGGCUCAUCGAGGAGAUCAUCAAAGUGCGCCUGGCCUACGCCAAGAAGAUGAAGGAGUCGGCGAAGCAGAACCCCAUGAUGCAAGACCAGAUGAUUUCUCAGUUUCAGGUCCUCCUGAGGCUGGCAAUCAAAAUCAAAUCCGAGUAUAUGGCCAUCGCUCAGCCCCAGCCCGGCUGGGAUUUGCCGCCGUGCAUCGACGAGGACUUUGACCGCGUCAUCUUGGAUGCCCUGAAGUACUACUUCAAGAUGCUGAACUGGAAGCUCAGCGGAAACAAGAACACGUUCAAGGAAGCAGAACUGCUGUUCCAGGAGUGGGGCUUCGGCAACGAGGUCGGAAGCCACCUGACGCAUGGCGACGUCGAGGUUGCCGAACAGUUCAGCUCCCUCACCUACAAGGCUCUCAACCGGCUCCACCAGACCUUCGAGAAGGAGCUCCAGCGGAGGCCCAAAGAGAGCGUGUCCGAGAUGACCAAGCGCUACAAGCAGAUCCUGGAUUCCGUCCGCGUGCGGCAGCGCAUGCUCCAGAGAUUCUCGCGGAUGCUCAGCGACAACUACGAGAACGCAUGCGAUUUCACUGUGGCCUUCGGCCCCGAGAAGCUUCAGCAACUCUUUGACCGGCUGGCUGAGUCGGGCCAUUUCCAGGUCGUCACCGAGAGUCUCGAGCACGAUGGCGUCAUCAUCAUUGCCUCGCCCUCGCUUCACAACCGCAGCCGCGAGAUCCAGGCCUUGAUGAGCACCUUUUCGUACGAGACGGUGGCCGAAGAUCCCUCGGACCCCUACCUGCUCAUCAUUCGAGCCGAAGAACCGCCAAUCUGGUUCGGGUCGCAGGUCCACAUUUCAGUGCGGGACGAGCCUCUGGACAUCAAGCUCGGGCACAUGAGGCUGAUCGCCGGCGGCUCGCAGGCGCGGUUGGUCAACGCCAGAAAGGCCUUCCUCGACAGCGUAGACAUGCAUAUCGACCUGGUCGUGGAGCAGAGAUCGAGCCUGCAAAAAGUGAACAUCCGCCUCAUGGAAAUCCGCAAGGUCGGCUUCAAGCUGUCCAACGCGUUCAUGGACAGCGUCGAGACGAUCCGGCGGCAGACGCGGGGCCUCAACUGCCAGGAACUCAUCCAGACCUGCUUCAUCUUUGCCACCGAGUUCGGACAGCGUUCGCUGCUGUACAUGGACAACAACAGGCGGACGAUGAACAACAUGAAGCUGACCAAGCUUGCGCUCGACUGGGUGAGCUUCAUCUGCGACGAUUGCAUCUCGUCGGAUCGCAAGACAUUCCGGUGGACCGUGCAGGCCCUCGAAUUCGCCAUGGUCAUGACGAGGGGCAGGCACAUCCUGGCGCUUGGCGACGACGAGUACGCCAAGCUCCGGGCAAAUGUGUCCGGGUGCAUGGCGCUCUUGAUCUCGCACUUCGACAUCAUGGGCGCGAGGUCCAGCGUCGCCGCGCAGGCCGAGAAGCAGCGGACGGAGGCACUCAUGAGCCAGCUGAAGCGGCUUAACAAGGGGCAGGGCAUGGAUGACCAGACCGCGGCCAAGUGUGUCGAAGCGCACCGCCUGGAGGAGCUGGCCAAGCUGGACGAGUACAGAAAGCAGAUUAUGGUGGAGCGGUCGGCCAUGGGCCGAGUGCUGGAAGCCUCGAACGAGGUCGACCGCUCGCUCGCCUGGCUCUCCUCGACGGCCACCAACUUCACCAUGCGGUGGCAGCUAGGCCACUUUGUCGGCGGCGGCACGUUUGGCAACGUCUACGCGGCCAUGAACCUCGACACGGGUCAGCUGAUGGCCGUGAAGGAGAUCCGCCUCCAGGAUCCCAAGCUGAUUCCCAACAUCGCCGGCCAGAUCCGGGACGAGAUGCGCGUCCUGGAGACGGUCGACCACCCCAACGUCGUGUCGUACUACGGGAUCGAGGUGCACCGAGACCGGGUAUACAUGUUUAUGGAGUUCUGUUCCGGCGGCUCUCUGGCCAACCUGUUGGAGCACGGCCGGAUCGAGGAUGAGCAGGUCAUCAUGGUGUACGCACUGCAGCUUCUCGAGGGUCUGGCGUACCUGCACGAACUCAAGAUCGCCCACCGCGACAUCAAACCAGAGAACAUCCUCCUCGACCACAAUGGCAUCAUCAAGUACGUCGACUUCGGCGCCGCCAAGCUCAUCGCGCGGCAGGGCCGCACGCUCGUGCAGGACAUCAGCAGCACCAAGCCCAACAAGUCGAUGACGGGCACGCCCAUGUACAUGUCGCCCGAGGUGAUCAAGGGCGAGAACCCGGGCCACUUCGGGGCGGUGGACAUCUGGUCGCUGGGCUGCGUGAUCCUCGAGAUGGCGACGGGGCGGCGGCCGUGGGCCAACCUGGACAACGAGUGGGCCAUCAUGUACAACAUCGCGCAGGGCAACCCGCCGCAGCUGCCGUCGCCGGACCAGCUCAGCCCGCAGGGCAUCGACUUCCUCAAGCGCUGCUUCGCGCGCGACUCCAAGAAGCGCGACACCGCCGUCGAGCUGCUCCAGCACGAGUGGAUCAUGACGAUUAGGAACCGGGUCGUGGAGCCGGCCACGCCCAGCAGCGACGCCAGCGGCUCCACGCAGAACACGCCCAUCACCGCCACGUCGUCGAUGCGGGGCGCCAUCGCGGGGGAUUCUUCCUUCUCCCAGUAGGGAGGAGUAUGCUGGCUGGUUAUUGUUGUAUUGUUGUUGUUCUGUCGGAUGGAAUCAUGGCGUUAGCGUGGGGCUGAGUAUGCACGGUAGUUUCAACCCGAGUUUCGCUAGGUUGCGACGGAUUUCU